AUGUCCAAACUUCCGGAGCUCCAAUUCCGACUUCUAUCAACACCAGCGGACCCAAUAGCCAUAACGGAAACGUGGCUCUCCGGCGACAUAACCGACGGUGAAAUCCAACUUCCUCACAUGUCAGUUCUCCGCUCUGACCGCGCAACCCCAGGUGGCGGUGUCGCACUGUACUAUGACAUCUCCCUCAGCUGCAGCAUGUUAACACACACCUCCCUCCAGUCUCCAGACACCAUGUGGUGCGAGGUCGUACUAACCACCAAACACUCCAGCUGUCUUGGUAUCAUUUACCGCCCCCCAAACAACUCUCCCGAGAAGGAUGCACGACUACUGCACGACGUUCACCUUAUGUUAUCCCACAAGCGCACACACUUUCUUAUCAUGGGUGAUUUCAAUCUGCCCCGUCUAUUUCACUCUGUCCCGUCUACUAACUCCUUUGCAUCAGGCCUCAUUGAUCUUUUUCACACGGCCCCGUUGUACAACCACACGUAUCAGCCGACCAGAUUCCGAUCCAACAACCAACCGUCCCUGCUAGAUCUCGUCCUCACUAACGAAGAACUGAUGGUUGAGCCCGUUGAGUAUGAUGCCCCUUUGGGGCUUAGCGACUACUGCGUCCUCCGUUUCGAUUUUAUAUGCUUCGCCGAAAAACUCGUCAGCACGCCAACUUAUACCAAACGCUGGACUGAUUACGGAAAGUUGAACCUUCUCAUUUCCGCUAACAACUGGUCACCCGAGCACCAAUCGAGCGCCGACAGCGUGUGGUCAAGCUUUUGCCUUACUCUACGUGAACUCUGCUCCACUACGACGACGUGCAAAGAAGUUUCCAUAGGAAAGAGACGCCCAGCACUCAUCCGAAGUCGUACACGGAAAUGGAUUGCCUCCAGGAACACGGCAUGGAGAAACUAUCGCUCCCAUCCAACGGCCACUCAGUGGGAAUACUACCGAUCCAUCCGUAACCAAUGCGUCCAUCUUGUACGAGAAGAUAAGAGUGAGCACCAGCGUCAACUUAUGCGUAAAUUUUCAUCCAAUCCCAAUGCCUUGUAUAGACACGUCAAUAGUCUUCGACAAGUCAAACACGGUGUCACCGCAUUGACGACCUCCACAGGGCUCACGAAAUCAGCUACCGAGGCAGCCGACGUCCUGUGCAAGCAGUACGCAUCCACAUUCUCCGUUCCAUCACUGCACACAACGACGGUACCUUCUUCGGUUUCACGCUCAACUUCCCUGACGACUGUUCAUUUCACUCCGGAGAAGGUCCUGGCGAAACUCAAGUCCCUGCGGCUAACGGCCUCUCCUGGCGCUGAUGGUUUCCACCCACGGCUCUUGCGAGCGUGCGCUGCAGCUCUAGCUUUACCCCUAGCGGAGCUGUUCACCCACUUCUUCUUGCAAAGCAAA